UGCGACGACGCUUUAACCGAGGUCCAGUUAGCUUUUACUAUAACAAAACAAUAAAUUGUUGUUUAAAAAACUGAGUGAACAGAUAUACGAGAGACUAUAAUCAUCAAAAAUAUCAUAUUUUUUUGUUAAUUUUUUUGUAGUGAGGUAAAUAAAUAAGCAGAACAAUCGCUUGCUAUCGAGCCUAUCCGGAUACUCGUGCGCGUGUCGUAUUACCUGAGGAAAUAAUCCACUGUACGAGAUGGCGGGGCAAGAUCCAAAGUGGCAAAAAGAUGCAGCUGACCAGAAUUUCGAUUACAUGUUCAAACUACUGAUCAUCGGAAAUUCAUCAGUGGGUAAAACAUCGUUUCUGUUUCGCUACGCCGACGACUCAUUCACCUCCGCAUUUGUUUCAACUGUUGGUAUUGACUUCAAAGUCAAAACUGUGUUCAGGCACGAUAAGAGAGUCAAACUACAAAUUUGGGACACUGCCGGUCAAGAGCGAUACAGAACUAUAACAACAGCCUAUUACCGCGGUGCAAUGGGCUUUAUUCUAAUGUACGAUAUCACCAACGAGGAAUCAUUCAACUCAGUUCAAGAUUGGAUAACGCAGAUUAAAACGUAUUCAUGGGAUAAUGCUCAAGUUAUUCUUGUUGGUAAUAAAUGUGACAUGGAGGACGAACGGGUUAUAAGUUUUGAACGGGGUAAACAGUUGGCAGAGCAGCUGAAUGUACAAUUCUUCGAGACAUCGGCGAAAGAGAACAUCAAUGUCAAGGCUGUGUUUGAGCAACUCGUGGACAUAAUCUGCGACAAAAUGAGUGAAUCCCUAGAUAAUGAUCCAACCCUGAUGGCAGGUGGAGCAGGCCAGGCCAAGGGCCAGAAGUUAACCGAUCAACCGGCGAAUCCCACCGCCACUAACUGUAAUUGCUAGAAAUGUUUCGAAAAAAAAGUCAAUGCAUAUAUCCGUGCAUUAUUAGAUGUGAAAAAAAAAUGUUUAAAGGGGGGAAGAAAAAAUAAUGAAGUGACACGCAAGCGAUCACAGAGUAUAGAUCGUAGCGUCUACAUGUUGAUGAACCACCUGAAUAAACUAGUUUAUUCUGCUCGGGUUUUGGCAUUAUUUCCUUCGUUGACACGUUCAACAUUUCCAGAUAGAAAAAAUAAAUUUCAUGAUUUUCCCAUUGACCUUCGUUUCACCACUGGAACGACAUUUUGUAAUCCUUAUUUCUCCGUUACUGUACCUUUCUUUUUGUAAUAAAUAACACGUUAACGAGUGCAUCACGUAUUAGCAAAAAUUGACAAUUGUACGGGCAUAUCUUGUUUUUAAUUAUUAAUCUAGAAAAAAAACGUCAAAGGGUGGAGCAAGUUUUAUUCCUGAGGGCUGACCAGACUCUCCAACUCAGUUCAACUUAUCAUGACUUGAAUUUUUUCACUGAUUUACCCGCGUUAUCAUUACCCAAUUAUUACCUAAUUACCCAAAAAUGUGAAAAACCUGGAUGACAAUGUCUGCGGUGCGAUAAAGACCUGCAUCGAGCGAAGUUUCCGAGGAAAAUUCUGGUGCUGGAGGGGAAAAGAGGGCAAACAAAGUGGUGAUCAGGAAUAAAUUCCAGUGCUGGCACUGGAAAUUUUAUUGACUUGAAUGUGAAUUUCUUUUGGAUUUCUUGAAAAUUUUUCAGAAAUUCUCAGGAUCGUAGGGGAAAUUCUGAGAAAUUUUACCUUUUGACAGCGUUAGAUUCUUUCACAACCAAGAAAAUUGUCAUUUUUUGAGUACUCAUACCAGAAUUUCUACCGGAAAAUCCACUCUGUGUGCGAAAAAUCCAAAAAUGUCAAUUAACCCAAUAAUUAAAGAUUAAAAUCGCCUAAAAAUCGUCGCCAAAUGGGGUACAACUUGCACCACCUUAAUAAUAAACCACCUAGACCCAAAAAAUUGCCCUCUGUAUAUAUAUAUAAUUACAACUAUUAUUAUGAUUAAUUGUGUAACGAGGUGUAUUGUACGCGUUAAUCAUCUGUGUGAAUUUGAUGGGACCGAUUCUAGUGGCAAAAUCAGAAAUGAUUAGAUAACAGGAGAAUAAUUUAUUGGAGCAUAAUAAAGUGAAUAAAACAAAAUGCUAUGAAAUUUAUGCAUCACCAUUAUUACAGGUAUACCUAUGAUUAUAGUAUAAAUACACUGUAUGUUAAUAAGCCCAUUGAACAUUUUAAAAAAUCAUUUUCGAUCGUGACGGUCACUGAGAGAAAAAUUAAAUAAAAAUUCACUCGAAAAUUGGGAGAAGUUUUGCCACAUGAGUGGUAAUAGCGGGUCGAAAGGAAAUUCAGGGGAAAAAUUAUCACGCCAUCGGUAUAGCUUAACUUGGACUAAUCCAGAAAAAUUAACGUGCCAGUAACGGAAUUUUUUACUUUAGGCUGUGAGAAUCUCUCUAGAACUAUCGUGAAAAAUUCUUUUUCGACACCAUAAAUUCCUCGUGUUUGCACAGAAAUUUUUCCCAUUUUUUUCUCUUUUGCGAAUGAAAAUGCUAUUUGCUGUAGCCCAAAUAUCGAUUCAAUUUUAAUUUUUUUGGUUGAAAAAAAUGAAGUCAGUGUCAUUGUCAAGGUGAUUGUUCAAUACUUUUUACUAAUAUAAAGUCUAUGGACUGGUCCAGUAUUUUUCACAUUACAAAUUAAAUCCAAAAAUCGAAUACGUUCUUUUUACCCUAGAUUACUAAAUUAUUAUCUGGAAAAAUCCAGAACAUAAUUUUUUAAUUACUAAAUUAUUUAAAAUCCUAGAAAUUUAAAUUGCUCCACAAUUACUCGUCUUGUUUGAUAAUUUAUCUCCUUGUAAUUAUCUGCAGAGAGCACACGCCUGAUGUAAACAUGAAUAAUAUAAACGAGAGGGAUUGAAGAGAAUAAUUUUAUCGAUUGUUUCUUCGUGUGGGGGAGAAGCAAAGAUUUAAUAAAAAAACCUGGCUUUUCUGAGAUAAUCCGGAGCCAAUUCGCCAAAUGCUUUUACAUUUUUUCUUUACUCACUAUAUCGUUGAAAUAUUUUCUGCAGAAAAUCUUGGGGGACAGAGUUUGAGUCAACAAUUUUUUGAGGGCUAUCCAGGGAUUUUAAAAUAAAUAACAACAAAAUAUACUAGAGAUAAAAUUCAACGGCUAUUGGAUUCUUUGCGGAUACUCUCCGGAAGUUUUUUGAGAAGUAGAUUUUCAUUUCUACUGCCAGAGAAACCGAAAUUACAAUAAAAUAUAGGUGAUUCUGUAGGAAAAUUGCUUUUAUGAUUAUUUUUAUUUAAAAUCCAGGAAAAAACUGACGAGGGAAUAAUUAAUUUUACAUUUUUUAUGCGAAAAUUUACUUCACUUUAACGCAAUUUUUAAACCAAUGCACUACACGAUUCCAGUAUUAAUUCAUUUCUGACCUAUAUUACGAUUUUGUAGUUAUGCCAUUGUUACAAAAAAUGUAGAAAAAUUUACCUUGGCUACGUCAUAAUCAGUAUUAAAAGGCGGUGGAAAUCAUAAUAACUCGAGAAGUAUUUUUUACGUACCGUAAAAAUAUAAUGUUUAUAUACAAUUUAUUCCAAGAAUAAUAAUUUUUAUAUAAAUGUUCUUUCGCUACACGAUUACAAUUCGUACUGUAAUUUGUACCUUUUUUUCUGGGCUUCAUUUUAUCCAUUUUUUUCCAUUCGAGAUGUUUUCCGUAAAAAAAUUUCAAGUUGCAAAUUUCUUCAUGUAAUUAAAAUAAUUAUUCUUCAUAUAAUUAAUGAGGCACUUUUCAAGAAACUUAGUCUCAGUACAGGUUUUGUUAUUAAAUUCAUUGAUACGUCAGUAGUUGAUGGAAAGAGGAAAUAAUAUUAUAUUCAAAUAAAUUAUUAUUGAAUGAUCAGGGGAGGGGGUUUAUCGAAGAUGAGUUUGUUGGUAGGACACGUGUAUGUAUGUAUUGUAUCGUAUGUAACUAUCAUGCCUAAUGUUAUUGAAAGACAAAACAAUAAUGUAUUACGAGAAAUAAAAAGAAAAUAAUUUACUUCAA